AUGUGGCAGGUCCACGUCACCAGGAAACGGCAGCGGCUGCUUCCAGAGAUUAGGUCUCUCCACUGUUGUGCACUUGUUAUAGAAAAGUUUAGCAGCAUCAAGAUGACUGCUGCUGAAAACGUUUGCUACACCCUGAUCAAUGUCAUCUCUGAUUCAGAGCCCCCCUCUGAGGUCAGCCUCAAAACUGACUUGGAAAAGGGGGAGAUCAAGGCAAAAACUGAAGCCCUAAAAAAGGUCAUAAUUAUGAUUCUGAAUGGUGAGAAACUGCCUGGGCUUCUUAUGACCAUCAUACGAUUUGUCUUGCCGCUUCAAGACCACACAAUCAAAAAGUUGCUUCUUGUCUUCUGGGAGAUUGUUCCUAAAACAACUCCAGAUGGCAAGUUGCUUCAGGAGAUGAUUCUGGUCUGUGAUGCUUACAGAAAGGACCUGCAGCAUCCCAAUGAGUUCAUCCGGGGCUCCACUCUGCGUUUUCUGUGCAAACUGAAGGAGUCUGAGCUACUUGAGCCUCUGAUGCCAGCUAUCCGUGCCUGCCUUGAACACAGACACAGCUAUGUGCGCCGCAAUGCAGUCCUGGCCAUUUACACCAUCUACAGGAACUUUGAGCACCUUAUCCCAGAUGCCCCUGAACUCAUCCACGAUUUUCUUGUGAAUGAAAAAGAUGCAAGCUGUAAACGGAAUGCUUUUAUGAUGCUGAUUCACGCUGACCAGGACCGAGCCUUGGAUUACCUCAGCACGUGUAUUGAUCAAGUCCACACGUUUGGGGACAUUCUUCAGCUUGUUAUCGUGGAACUGAUUUACAAAGUCUGCCAUGCCAACCCCUCCGAGCGAGCCAGAUUUAUCCGGUGUAUUUACAAUUUGCUCCAAUCUUCGAGUCCAGCUGUCAAAUAUGAGGCUGCUGGCACUCUCGUCACCCUCUCAAGUGCUCCCACUGCCAUUAAGGCGGCUGCUCAAUGCUACAUCGAUUUGAUCAUCAAGGAAAGUGACAACAACGUGAAACUGAUUGUCCUUGAUCGUCUCAUUGAACUUAAGGAACAUCCCACUCAUGAACGAGUGCUUCAGGACCUUGUCAUGGAUAUAUUGCGUGUUCUCACCACCCCUGACCUGGAAGUGAGAAAGAAGACCUUGCAGCUGGCUCUGGACCUUGUCUCGUCACGCAACGUUGAAGAGCUGGUGAUAGUUUUGAAGAAGGAGGUGAUCAAGACCAAUAAUGUCACCGAACACGAGGAUACGGAUAAGUACAGGCAACUGCUGGUGCGCACGCUUCACUCCUGCAGCGUGCGCUUCCCUGACAUGGCAGCCAACGUCAUCCCAGUGCUGAUGGAGUUCCUAAGCGACACCAAUGAAGCGGCUGCUGCUGAUGUGCUGGAGUUUGUGCGAGAGGCCAUUCAGAGAUUCGACAGCCUCAGGCCCCUGAUCAUCGAGAAGAUGUUGGAGGUUUUCCAUGCCAUCAAAACUGUGAAAAUUUACAGAGGGGCCCUUUGGAUACUUGGAGAGUACUGCAGCACAAAAGAAGAUAUCCAGAGCGUGAUGACCGAAGUCCGCAGGUCUUUGGGAGAGAUCCCCAUCGUGGAGAAUGAAAUUAAGAAGGAAACGGGAGAGGUGAAGCCCGAGGAUGAAGUGAGUGCAGCACCGGCUCAGAAACUGGUGACAGAAAUGGGCACAUAUGUGACUCAGAGCGCCCUCAGCUCCUCCAGACCCUCCAAGAAAGAGGAGGACAGGCCACCUCUUCGCGGUUUCCUUAUGGAUGGAGACUUCUAUGUGGCUGCUUCGUUGGCCACAACACUGACCAAACUUGCUUUACGUUACGUUGAAAUAGUUCAAGAAAAAAGACGGCAAAAUUCGUUUGUCGCAGAGUCCAUGCUGAUCAUGGUCACUGUCCUGCACCUUGGCAAGUCCUCUCUUCCUAAAAAACCAAUUACAGAUGAUGACGUGGACCGCAUCUCGCUAUGUCUGAAGGUGUUAUCCGAGUGCUCUCCUCUCAUGAAUGACAUUUUCAAUAAGGAGUGUCGUAAAUCGCUGUCCCACAUGCUGACUGUCAGACUGGAGGAAGAGAAACUAUCACAAAAGAAAGAAUCCGAAAAACGUAGUGUGACGGUGCAAGCAGACGACCCAAUCUCAUUCAUGCAGCUCACAGCCAAAAAUGAAAUGUCUUCUAAAGAGGACCAGUUUCAGCUCAGUCUUUUGGCCGCAAUGGGAAACACUCAGAGAAAGGAAGCAGCAGAUCCACUCGCCUCGAAACUCAACAAGGUGACUCAGUUAACAGGCUUCUCAGACCCAGUAUAUGCUGAAGCCUAUGUCCACGUUAACCAGUAUGACAUCGUCCUGGAUGUUCUGGUUGUUAAUCAAACCAGUGACACUCUUCAAAGCUGCACUCUUGAGCUGGCAACAUUAGGUGAUCUCAAAUUGGUUGAAAAACCUUCUCCUCUGACUCUGGCGCCACAUGAUUUUGCAAAUAUUAAGGCUAAUGUAAAGGUGGCAUCAACGGAGAAUGGCAUCAUAUUUGGAAAUAUUGUUUAUGACGUGUCGAGUGCUGCCAGUGACAGAAACUGUGUGGUCCUCAGUGAUAUUCACAUUGACAUUAUGGAUUACAUCCAACCAGCAUCAUGCACUGAUGCAGAGUUCAGACAAAUGUGGGCAGAGUUUGAAUGGGAAAACAAGGUGACGGUGAACACCAACAUUACAGAUCUGAAUGAUUACCUUCAACAUAUCCUCAAGUCCACAAACAUGAAAUGUCUAACUCCGGAAAAGGCGCUCUCUGGUUUCUGCGGCUUCAUGGCUGCUAAUCUUUACGCACGCUCCAUUUUCGGUGAGGAUGCUCUGGCUAAUGUAAGCAUCGAAAAGCCCAUUCACAUUGGCCCAGACGCUCCUGUCAACGGCCACAUCCGCAUCCGAGCUAAGAGCCAGGGAAUGGCCUUGAGUCUUGGUGACAAGAUUAAUCUCUCCCAGAAGAAGGCGAAUCUCUAA